AUGGCGGCGCCCGCGCUGCCCACGCCGCGCUACGGGCACGUGGGCGCGCAGGGCCCGUUCCGCGAGGUGUACGAGCCGGCCGAGGACACCUUCCUGCUGCUGGACGCGCUGGAGCGCGACGCGGCCCAGCUCCGGGACGCUCGAGUUGAGAUCUGCCUUGAAAUAGGAUGUGGAUCUGGUGUGGUUUCAACAUUUGUGGCUUCCAUUAUUGGACCCAGUGCACUCUACAUGUGUACAGAUAUCAAUCCUAUGGCAGCUUACUGUACACUGGAGACAGCCCUGAUUAAUAAUGUUCAACUUCAGCCUAUAAUUACUGACUUGGUCAAAGGAUUGGCACCAAGAUUAAAUGGAAAAGUUGAUCUCCUGCUGUUUAAUCCACCAUAUGUGGUAACACCUUCUGAAGAGGUGGGAAGUCACGGAAUAGAGGCAUCCUGGGCUGGUGGCAAAAAUGGCCGGGAAGUAAUGGACAAGAUUUUUCCAUUAGUAGCAGACCUGCUCUCAACAGAAGGAUUAUUCUACUUGGUCACAAUUAGAGAAAACAAUCCAGACGAAAUUCUGGAAACAAUGAAGAAAUAUGGCUUAGAAGGCACUAAAGCACUUUCCAGGCAAGCAGGAAGAGAAAUGCUUACUAUUCUCAAAUUCAAGAAGUCUUGAAAACCGUUCCUGGUCUUCUAUGUCUUGGGUCUCUACCUAUGCUGUACUUAACUAAACAGCAGAAAGAAGUGGUGUUCUUCCUAACGCUCUGAUAGAGGCAGUCGGUCCUGCCAGAAAACACUUUGUUCUACACCAUGCAGCACAGAGCAACAAGCAAGUCUAGAGGCACCUUACUCGCCUUGGUUAGUGCUCUCUCUGAGAGCAUUCUCCAAGAUUUUCACGGGUUGUUAUGAACCGCAGCCUGAAGUUAAACUCUGAUAAACUGUAGCCUUCUUGUCAGUGUAGUAAGCUCAUAGAAGUUUGCUGGAGAAUUGUAAAGGCUAGUCCAUGUAAGACUUCAGAAACAAACAUGCUGCUCUUGUACAUAAGACUCCAAACUUUACAAAUUCUUCCCUCAGCAGAGCUAACCUACCAGAAGCUCUGC